GUUUCUUCCCUUUUUGCGAGUCUACCUCAAUAAUCAUAACUUUUCUGCCUUUUCUAGCCACCCAUUACUGUUUUUUCCAUUUGAAUUUGAUGCCAAUUGUUUACUUUAACCAGCGGCAUUAGCUACAGAGAAAUCAUUGCACUUUUUUUUUCUCGCUCACCCAGCAGCUUUUAGGACCUACAUUUUGAAAUUUCUUGUUCAGAUUUGUGAGCUGCUUUUGCCUUUUGAGCGACGGGGGCAGCUGGGAAUUUUUGAAGUUUUGUUUGUUUGCGUUUGUGUGUGAGUUUAAACCGUAGACGCGCGUGGAGGGAGCAAAAAGGCCCUCGCAGAAACAUUUCUCUGCUCCACAGGCCUCUAAUGGAAGCUCUGCGGAUUUUCUGCUUUGUUUUCUUUCUGGGGUUGGUCUAUUCGCCGAGUAACGCUGACCCAGUUGAAGACAAGCGAGCUCUACUUGAUUUCGUGAAGAAUCUCCCUCACUCUCGCUCGCUUAAUUGGAAUGAGUCGUCUCCGGUUUGCAAUUACUGGACUGGUAUAACUUGCAGUGAGGAUGAAUCUCGCGUUAUAGCUGUUCGGUUGCCCGGAGUUGGCUUCCACGGCCCGAUUCCGGCGAAUACUCUCAGCCGUCUCACGGCGCUGCAAAUAUUGAGCCUCAGAUCCAACCGUAUAACCGGGGAUUUCCCUUCUGAUUUCUCAAAUCUUAGCGAUUUGUCUUAUCUUUAUCUUCAGUUCAACAACUUCUCUGGGCCAUUACCUUCCAAUUUCUCUGUCUGGAAGAAUCUCACAUUUGUGAAUCUCUCUAACAAUGGCUUCAAUGGCCGCAUUCCUCCUUCACUGUCUAAUUUAACAGAGCUCACGGGUUUGAAUCUCGCCAAUAACUCACUCUCGGGAGAAAUCCCUGACCUGAAAAUCCCCAAAUUACAGGUUCUGGAUGUGUCUAACAACAACUUGAGUGGGAGUGUGCCUAAAUCGCUGCAGAGAUUUCCAAGGUCCGUAUUUGUAGGCAAUGAGGUGUCUUUCGAAAGUCCUUUACCGAACAAUCCUCCUGUGCCCCCGCCAUUGCCCAAGUCGAAUGCGAAGCCUAAGAAUUCUGGGGGGCUUGGAGAAGCAGCAUUGUUAGGAAUCAUAAUAGCUGGAGGCGUUUUGGGGCUUCUGGCAUUUGGGUUUCUGAUACUUGUUUGCUGCUCGAGAAGGAAGAGGGAAGACGAAUAUUCGGGGAAUUUGCAGAAGGGCGGAAUGUCGCCGGAGAAGGUGAUAUCUAGGACUCAAGAUGCAAACAACAGAUUGGUUUUCUUUGAAGGGUGUCAUUAUGCUUUUGACUUGGAGGAUUUGCUGAGGGCUUCUGCUGAGGUCUUGGGGAAGGGGACUUUUGGCACUGCAUAUAAAGCAAUUCUGGAGGAUGCUACUACAGUUGUUGUUAAGAGGUUGAAGGAUGUAAGCGCCGGGAAACGCGAUUUCGAGCAGCAAAUGGAGAUCGUUGGCAGUAUCAGGCAUGAGAAUGUGGUUGAGUUGAAAGCCUAUUAUUAUUCCAAGGAUGAGAAGCUGAUGGUUUAUGAUUUCUACAGUCAGGGAAGCGUCUCGGCUAUGUUACACGGAAAACGCGGAGAGGAAAAAACGCCAUUAGACUGGGACUCAAGACUAAGAAUUGCAGUUGGUGCAGCGCGAGGGAUUGCCCGUGUCCAUGCCGAAAGCGGAGGGAAGCUCGUCCAUGGAAAUGUGAAAUCGUCAAACAUCUUUGUGAACUCUCAACAGUAUGGAUGUGUGUCUGAUCUUGGACUAGCAACCAUAACGAACUCGCUCACUCCACCGAUAUCCCGUGCUGCUGGUUAUCGAGCCCCAGAGGUGACAGACACCCGAAAGGCAACACAGGCUUCUGAUGUUUUCAGCUUCGGCGUGGUGCUCCUUGAGCUUCUAACUGGAAAGUCCCCGAUACAUGCGACAGGUGGCGAAGAGAUCGUGCACUUGGUGAGAUGGGUUCAUUCAGUUGUCCGAGAGGAAUGGACAGCUGAAGUAUUUGAUGUAGAGCUGAUGAGGUAUCCCAAUAUAGAGGAAGAAAUGGUUGAGAUGUUACAGAUAGCCUUAUCAUGUGUAGCAAGGAUACCGGAUCAGAGACCGAAAAUGGGUGAAGUAGUGAAGAUGAUAGAGAACGUUCGACCGAUGGAAGCCGAGAAUCGACCUUCUUCCACAAACCGAUCUGAAAGUUCAAUGCAGCAACAGCAAGCUGUUGGGGUUGAGACAGAAAAUUCAACCUCUCAGUCUCAUUGAGUUGAGGUUGAGCCAUUUGUUUUCUUUUACUUCUUAUAUGAUCUCAUUUAGUUUAUUGCAAAUCUUCUUUGUUUAGAUUUUCAUUUGAAUCUCUUCUCCAGAUUCUAGUUUUGUAACAGUAAAUGAACACAACUGCUAAAUUUAUUUUUCUUCAACUCGAUUCCAGUUGGCUAAAGUUCAAAUCAUAUUGACUUUUUAUUUA